AUGGAGUACUGGCAGAAACUGGACAAAUUGGCAGUCAGUGAACAGGCUCUUGUGGCAGCAGCUAACAUGUUCUCCUCGCAGAUUCCUACAACACUGGAAAAGUACAAGAAGAUUCUGGAGGCAGUACAUGUAUUAGAAGUGAAGCUUCAGGUUGUACGGCAUUGGACUCCAGAUGAUCCGGAAUGGCAAUGUGCUGGCAGGCUCGUGGCCAUGCAGAAAUAUCAGAGGGCCUUAGAUCGUUUGGAGGGGCUUGUUGUGGCUUGCAUGUUCGAGCUGACAAAAAUGAAUUGCUCGCAGACAGCUUUGAACAACUAUAAUACCACUGCCAAAGCUCUGCGACCACCUUGUCCUACCCCAGACCGGAAGCAGGUUGUAGAGUACGCUUUUCUUGCAGACUUUGACCUCCUGUGGGACGCAUGGCAGGAUAUAACAAAUGCAUACAUGUGUGCAUGCGGAGACCAAGUUCGCGCAACCAAUCUCCCUCUGGCCCUCCAAAUUGGCAUACACCAGAUGGAGCGCGGGUGCUUUAACAAAUACCAUGUUUCCCGCCUACUCAAAAUAUUGCAACUACCAGGUUUUACUGGUACAAUCUGUCCUGGUGAAAGUGUCGACAUCAGACCUAGAGAAAGUGCUAGCAAGGCUUCAGCACACACCCCCUUGGUAACAACUGCAAUUGACAGCCAAGAAGGCCUUGAGGAUGAAGAGGAGGACAAGGAGGAUGCCAUAGAAAUAUCCUCGGCCUUUGAACGUAUUGUACACAUCUCUGGUGAUAGCUGA